AUGACCUCGGUCGCACCCUCACAAGCGCCCAGCUCCUCACCUUUUGCCGAUGCAGCUGCUUCUGAAAGUAGGCUCAGCUCCUCAGCUGGCCCCUCUUCCGGUCCAUCUGCCAGUCUCGAAGGGUUGCGAAUGAAGCGUGAGCACUUGCUCGGCGAUCUAUGCCAAAUUUGCGCACGACUGACGCCUUCACCUCGUGCCAAUCACCUGCAGUGGCCUCGUUGAAAGCGCAAAGAGCUUCUUUGAAGAGGGAAUUGGAAUCCGUCAAAUCUGCGCCCAUUCCUACGUCUUCACUUGGCAAAAAGGACUCGCCGGAAGAACAGGAUUUGGCAGAACAGCUUGCUCAGGCAGAAGAGAGUCUGGUGCUUUGUAGAACGCUUGGUUGGACUUGCUUUUUGGUCGACCUCUCACCUGGAAGGAGGGCCAAGUCGCUAACGGGAGGUGGACAUGUCGGGAUCGGAGCGAGGAUGGAAGCAUUUGUGAAUGGUGAGAGUCUUGACGACUUGGCAGUACUCAAUCCGCAAUGGUCCACGUGGCCCGUGAGACCGUCGAUGCCAAAGAGGCGUGGUGCAAGCUUCAGUGAUGCGCUCCAUUAUCGUACACGAAAGCUGAUCCUUGGCGAGCCUGGCGUCUUCAAGGCCGCUUUCACAGCCCACACUAUCUCUUGUUCGGUCGAGCACCUCCCCCAGUCGAAGCGAGAAUAACAUCGUCCACGAUAGAAAGCACUUCACGAAGCUCCGACGCCCAACUUAGCUCAGCAGAAGGACCAUUCAGAUUGUUGAGGCACACUCUUCCGAGCUGCAUACCUCUUGCUCAGCUGGUCGACGAAUUCCUGCCGACAUCUUCCGCACCGCCGCAAGAUGAUGACGAGAUGAUGCGGGGAUGGAAUUUGGUCGCGUCUCUCAAUGCGAUCGGCGGAGGAAUAGAUGUGAGCAUCGGACUGCCUUUGGUAGUGUGCGAAAGAAGAGGAAAGUUUACGCUGAUCGGUCGCUAUUCCUCGGUCCUGUUGCAGACUUUCUUGAGUGCCGUGCAUGCGUACUUGCAAGCAUUCGUGUCACGAAGGCAGGCAUUCGCGUCUGUAUCGGCACAGCAAGAUCUGGACGGGGACUACUACCCCCCUGAAGGAUACGCAUCGGCCUCGUAUACUUCUCUGCGGCUAGAAGCAGUGAUAGAUGAGAAGGAUGCGGAUGCAUUGGCAGUCGAGAGCGCGCUCGGUGUAGCGGGCGAGCCAGGAUCCACAAUGAGGUCGAGACCCACCGCUCCGUCUAGACAUGUCAGAGUGGACAUUCGUCUGACGCCACUUUCGGACAGAUUGGAAACGCAGCAAGAUCAUCCACCCAAGCAUGCUGGGGAUGCUGCCGAGCCUACGCUGCGGGACGCUUCGCAUGGAGUCGGCGGUAGCGUUAGCGUGUUCAUCGUCGACCCCACCGCGUCUCGCAGCCUCCGAACGCAAAGACGCGCAGACCUAGAGGCUUUGUUCUUCAAGAGGGAGGAUGGUGAAGAGGCAAAUGCCGGCUCUCGCGACGCGCCAGGAUUCGAUCAAGCCUUUCACCAAGUCUUGCGAACCAUCAGAGCUGAGAUCAAUUGA